CAAAAAAAAUGUGGAAUAUAAUGGAUCAUAUUUCGAGCGAUCAGGCAAAGACCGUCACUGAGAAGGUUAUUGAUGAGGAGGAUGUUAGUAAAUAUUCGCAUUGGUAUUGUAGGGAUGAAAGUCUUUUGAAGGAGGAUGCGGAAUCAAAGCCUAAUGAAGAGGCCAUCAGAAAAGUACAAAAUUCAAUGAUUUAUUAUUUGAUCAGAGAUGAAGAGACAAAAUCGGAUGCUGCUGAUCAAAAACAACAAGUAGAAACAGAAACUGAAAAGACUAACGAUGAAAACAAUCAAGAAAAGAAAGAAGAAAACAAGGAAAAGAAAGAAGAAAAGAUUCCGAAUGAUUUGUUUGAAAUGGAAACAACUCAAGGAGAGGACGAUCUUGUUACGGUCAAUUAUAAUAGAUUGGGUCAGAAGGAAGAAGAGUUGGUCUAUUUUACCAUUCACAUUCCAGAUAUUAAGAAGAAAUUGUUGGUUUCUAGAGAAUUACUAUUGUUGGAAAGCAAGGUUUUUGAGGGAAUGUUGAACAGUGAAAUGUUGGAAUCAAAAUCAAAUGAAAUGACUCUCCAAAAGGAGCAAGCUCAAGAAGGUGAAAAAUCAUCAUGUGAAUACUUUGAUUUGGCUAUGGAAUUUAUUCAUGUUGGAAAAUUGGGUGUUUCCAAAACUUCAUUCAAUGAAAAUGUUUCCAAUAUUAUUGAAUGGAAAGACUUGUUGGGUUUACUGAGAAUUGCUGACGAAUAUCAAAUUGAAAGUUUAUCGAGAGCCAUUUCAAGAGUUGUAAAUCAAUUCAAUGCUCUCACUAUUGGAAUUACUUGUUUGGAAUUUUCAGCUGAUUGUAAAUCCAUCAUCUUGCCAAACGUGUGUGAUAAUUUGGCUUUCAAUCCAGCUUGCGUUGUAUCGGAUAUGGUUUAUUCUGGAAUACCAAUUGAAACUGCAAACCAUGAAGAGGUUAACCAAUACUUGGAAGAUCCAAAACUUGCACUCAAAGAGUAUCCAUUCCUCGAUAGUAAUUUAGCUCCUCCAACUUUGCACAAGAUUCUUGCAACACCACUUGUGCAACCACUCGCAAAGAUUAUUAUUUCACUUCCAAUUGAAUUAUUUGAAGGAAUGAUGACAUCACCUUAUUGCGCUCUUAAACAAGAUCCAAAGAUGGCAUUCAUUGUUUUGUGGAUGCUUCAAGAUGUUGAGAAUAGAUAUAUUGAUACUUUUAGAUUAUUGAAAAGUGUUGAUUGGAGCUUGUGUGAAACUGAAAUUCUCUACACACUCAUCUACUUUGUAUUUAUAGGAAUUGGAAAAACAUUGCCACAACAUAAGAGUAUUUGUGGAGAGGCUCACGACAUGCUACACAUGUCCAUGUUUAGAAAAAAUAAUACUCUUUCUGAUGAGGAUUGGUCAAACUAUCUCACCAAAUUAUUUCCAGAAAGAGAACAAGGCAAAAUCAGUCAUCUACACAAGGAGUUGAGAUUCUUGAAUCUUGGAAUUGAUGCCUCUGGUAAAACAACACUUCUGUACAAACUUAAAUUGGAUGAGGUUGUCACAACUAUUCCAACCAUUGGAUUUAAUGUAGAAACUGUAGAUUAUAAGAAUGCCAAGAUUACCAUGUGGGAUGUUGGUGGUGCUUACAAGCUUAGAGCUCUUUGGAGACACUAUUACCAAAACACUAAUGGCGUAGUUUUCGUUGUGGAUUCUAAUGAUAGAGACAGAUUGGAGGAAGCAGCUGAUGACCUCCACAAAUUGGCUAAAGAAGACGAGCUCAAAGAUUGUCCAAUUUUAAUUUUGGCUAACAAGCAAGACCUUCCAAAUGCUAUGAGUGUCGCAGAAAUAGCAGACAAGAUGAAAUUAACUUCACUUUCACAAAAGAAAUGGUUCAUUCAAGCAUGUUGCGCUCUGACUGGUGAAGGAUUGUAUGAAGGUCUGGAAUGGGCUGUUGAAUCAUGUAAUGUGAAACUUGUGAAUACUCCAAAGGGUAAUCUUCAAAAGUUCUCUCAUUUCGGAACUAUGACAUUUUAA